ACCCCUCCAAAAAUCAAUAAAUCUUUCCCCUCAAUGAGUGACGAACAACAACCCAACGAUCCUCCAAUCUUCAAACACUUGAGCCCAAAGACUCAAGGUUAUCUACGAGCUGCCAAUAAACACCGAGAAGAACAAGUAUCACUUCCAACCGCAGACAUGUCUGACGAACAAACGUAAGUAUCUACCACCAAUCCACAACUGAGGGGUAUAUUUGGGCGAUAAAAACUGACAAAAUCAACAGCUUCAUUGCCAUCAAGCCUGAUGGAGUUCAGGUACGACACCGAUAACACGAACAACUACAAGAACUCCCAACUGAUUGUCAAUACAGCGUGGACUCAUUGGCCCAAUCAUCUCCCGAUUCGAGGCCCGAGGGUGAGUUUCCGUUGCCUUUCCAUUGAGAGUAAUCCCAACUGACGGAUGUCUCUAGAUACAAACUCGCUGCCAUCAAGUUGAUGACUGCUUCCCAAGAGCACCUCGAGAAGCACUGUAAGUUCACUCAGCCCCCCUUUUUUCCUCGAAUCAUCCGAAUCAACAGCUAAUCGCCGACUACAGACGAGGAUCUCUCCUCCAAGCCAUUCUUCCCAGGACUCAUCAAGUGUAUGCUUAUCCAUCCUCAAGCAUACUCCGCACAUACCUAACAUUGAAUAGACAUGGGAAGCGGACCAAUAUGUGCUAUGGUCUGGGAGGGUCGUGACGCUGUCAAGACCGGCCGUGGUAAGUACACCUCGCCACCGUGUUUCAUCACCUCUAACAAUCUUCAGUUCUCCUCGGUGCCACCAACCCUCUCGCAUCCGCCCCAGGUACCAUCCGUGGUGACUACGCCAUCGAUGUCGGACGCAACGUCUGCCACGGUUCCGACAGCGUCGAGAACGCCAAGAAGGAGAUCGCUCUCUGGUUCAAGGAGGGUGAGGUCCAAUCAUGGAAGUCCGCUCAACACGACUGGGUCUACGAGAAGUAGAUUUCUUCUACCCAGCCAUACACAAACAUAAAAGUUAGCAUGGCGGAUAUCGGAAAUUUUGGUGGAUGAUAUCCCCAGGUGGUAAAUAUGGAGCAAAAGGAAGCAGACAUGAAAAUUGAUUAGCCCUUUUUGUGAUGA